AUGCUGAUCCCAAUCAGCUCGGAUGAGGGCAGCUCGCGGUCCUGGGCCCUCAUAGAGAUGCAGGGAGAGGUGGAGCGCAAGGAUGGCGGCACGUUAGAGGAGGCGUUCGACGUGGGCACGCUUUCGGUGUCCUCCAGCGGCGCCGUGAUGCUGACCAUCGGCUACCAUCAGCUGGAGGGCAAGCGCAUGGAGCUGAAGAAGCCGUUUGCGGUGCUGGACCGCGUUGCGGACGCGGAGGGGCACAGCACAGAGUACAAGGUGAUUGGCGUGGUGCGGGAGAAGAUUCUGUUCAAGGCGCGACCGCGAGCGCUGAUCACCAAGCCGGAAUUGAAAUGA